GCGCAGGGCUGGCGGGGGAAGACAGUCGCGCUCACCACCCCACAGCCCGGCUUCAGAACCCAGUAGUGCGCUUGCUGCUGGGAGAUCGGCGCUUUGCAAUAACAUAAAGGCUUAGCCGAAGGAUCACUACAUUCCUCCUGUGGACUUGUACUUGUAAUAAUAGUGAUGGCAGUUACUCAGGCUGGAUCUGACUUGACAUACUGCAAGAUGCGGGGGAUCGUGUCCGUUCUUACCGCUUUUAUUAAAGAAAGGAAGAUGGGCUUAAACGACUUCAUCCAGAAGCUUGUUUCUAACCCUCCCAUUUGUCAACAUGCUGAGGUUGGUUCGUUCUUAAAAAUCGAUGAGAACCAGAAUGAGGAGCUGGAGGAGAAUCUCCUGUGUUUGACCAAUCCCAGGAGCUCUUUGGCUGAGGAGACUCAGAUCAAACCUUCAGAUUUUGACUACUUAAAGAUUAUUGGGAAGGGGAGCUUUGGAAAGGUUCUGCUUGCAAGGUACAAGGAAAACGAACAAUACUAUGCUGUGAAGGUGCUGCAGAAGAAAAUCAUUCUGAAAAAGAAAGAGCAAAAACAUAUCAUGGCAGAAAGGAGUGUAUUAAUGAAAAAUAUCAAACAUCCGUUCCUGGUGGGGCUGCAUUACUCAUUCCAAACCACAGACAAACUGUAUUUCGUCCUAGACUACGUCAAUGGAGGCGAGGUUAGUAAACAAUGCAUUAAUGCUGUACUCUCAUAUAGCUCAAAAGAGGCCGCACCUCAGCUCAAAAUAGCUGACUAAAAUCACUUAAUUA